AUGGCUGAGAAGUGCGUCCACCAGGGCUGCGGGAAGCUCUACACCGAUCCCGAGGAGGUCUGCGUCUACCACCCCGGCCCGCCUGUCUUCCACGAAGGCCAGAAGGGUUGGAAGUGCUGCAAGCCCCGGUUCCUCACUUUUGAAGAGUUCCUCGCCAUCCCACCCUGCACCGAGGGCAAACACUCGACGACCGACCUGCCCCCCAAAGUCGAACAGAAGGAACCCCAAGCCGACAGCGCGCUCGUCGAGAAGCUCGCCGCCGCCUCCGUGGCCCCGACGCCCACCCGCAAGCCCAUCGCCCCCGCACAGGCGACCCCGGCGCCGCCCCCGCCACCCCCCGAGUCCGAAGACGACGACCCCACGCUCGCCAUCCCCGCCGAUGCCGUCUGCCGCCGCAAGGCCUGCGGCGCCAAAUAUGCCGGCUCCCGCGAUGGCGACGAGUCGUGCGUCCACCACCCGGGCGUGCCCAUCUUCCACGAGGGCAGCAAGGGCUACAGCUGCUGCAAGCGCCGCGUCCUCGAGUUUGACCAGUUCAUGAAGAUUGAGGGCUGCAAGACCAAGGAGCGCCACCUCUUUGUCGGCAGCGGCAAGAAGAACAAGGACGGCAACGUCGAGACCGGCGGCGAGGAGGUUCUCGAGACGGUCCGCACCGACUUCUACCAGACGCCCUCGACCGUCAUCGCCUCCUUCUUCCUCAAGAAGAUUCGCAAGGACGAUGCCAAGAUUUCCUUUGCCGAGAGGACCCUGACGCUUGACCUGCCGACCUCGGACGCGCCGACGCCCAAGCGCUACCGCGCCGAGGUGCCGCUGUUCGCCCCGAUCGACACGGCCAAGUCGUCGUUCAAGGUCCUUGGCACGAAGCUCGAGGUCACCUUUGUCAAGGCCGACGGCGCGUCUUGGCCGGUGCUGCGCAGCGAUGACCGCUUGACCGGUGAGAUCUUGCAGAUUGGCAAGGCGGGCGUUGCGCAGCGGUGA